AUGGUGAACUCGCUGCUGUUCGGAGAGAUGGCCUUGGCCUUCGGCUGCCCGCCGGGUGGCGGCGGCGGCGGGCCCGGGGGCUGCCCCGGCGGGGGCGGUGGCGGCGGCGGGGCCGGGCCCGGGCCGUCGCCGGUGACGGCGGCGCUGCGGGACGACCUGGGCUCCAACAUCCACCUACUCAAGGGGCUCAACGUGCGCUUCCGCUGCUUCCUGGCCAAGGUGCACGAACUGGAGCGGCGCAACCGGCUGCUGGAGAAGCAGCUGGAGCAGCAGCAGAGCGAGCGCGAGCGGCGGCUGCGCUACAAGACCUUCUCCCGCGAGCAGGCCGUGCAGACUGGGCCGGAGCUGCUGCGGCCCCCCGCUCCCGGCGGCGGGCCGGGCAGCGGCGCGGCGGCCGGCGCCAACGCCAACCACGCCGCGGCCCUGGGCGGCCUGCCCCCCGGUGGCGGCUCGCACCCGCAGUACUACGGCCGCCUGCCCGGGACCAUCUGGAGCUACACGCAGGUGCGGCGCACGGGCGGCGGCGGCGUGGAGACCGUGCAGGGCCCUGGAGUGUCGUGGGUGCACCCCGACGGCGUGGGCGUGCAGAUCGACACCAUCACGCCCGAGAUCCGCGCGCUCUACAACGUGCUCGCCAAGGUGAAGCGCGAGCGCGACGAGUACAAGCGGAGGUGGGAGGAGGAGCUCGCCAAGCGCGUGAACCUGCAGACCAUGGUGGACACGCUGCAAGAGGCAGCGCAGGAGGCAGAAGCCAUCCAGGAGGAGAUGAACGAGAAGAUUGAGCGUCUCAAGGCCGAGCUGGUGGUGUUUAAGGGGCUCAUGAGUGACCCCAUGACAGACCUGGACACAAAGAUCCAAGAAAAGGCCAUGAAGGUCGACAUGGACAUCUGCCGCCGGAUCGACAUCACGGCCAAGCUGUGCGAUGUCGCGCAGCAGCGGAACUCGGAAGACGUGUCCAAGAUCUUCCAGGUGGUCCCCAAAAAGAAAGAGCGUAAGGUGGCUUCCGACGAUGACAUCUCCGAGCAGGAUGGGGAGGUGAACCGGUUCUCAGACGACGAGGUCGGCUCCAUGAACAUCACGGAUGAGAUGAAGCGCGUGUUUAACCAGCUGCGGGAGACCUUUGACUUCGACGAUGACUGUGACAGCCUGACGUGGGAAGAGAAUGAAGACACGCUGCUGCUCUGGGAAGACUUCACCAACUGCAACCCGAGCCUCGACCUGCAGGGCGAGCAAGAGGAAAACCUGGGCAACCUGAUCCACGAGACCGAAUCCUUCUUCAAGACGAGAGACAAGGAGUAUCAGGAGACGAUCGGCCAGAUCGAGCUGGAGCUGGCCACAGCCAAGAGCGACAUGAACCGCCACCUGCACGAGUACAUGGAAAUGUGCAGCAUGAAGCGGGGCCUGGACGUGCAGAUGGAGACGUGCCGCCGGCUCAUCAAGGGCUCCGCAGACAGGAAUUCACCAUCCCCAAGCUCCGUGGCCAGCAGCGACUCAGGAAGUACAGACGAGAUCCCGGACGACUUUGAGCGGGAGGCGGACGUGGAGCCCAUGGUCAGCUGAUGACUGAGGCACGCCCCCCACCCCCCCAGCCCGUGCCUGGUGGUCUUGGCGAUGGGGCCUCUGCCCGCCUCUCCCCACGGGGCCAGGAAGUGGGGCUCCCAGCCCUGACCACGCAGACUUCCGAUGCCCUCCCUUCUCUGGAGGCCCCCAGGGACCGCUGCUUCCUUCCUUCCUUUCUCCGCCCACCACCAACCAGUGCCCCCUCCAUCCACCCACCCAAGGAAUGGUGCUGUCAAUUUCUAUUGUUCUCCACAUCACAAAUGCAGACUUCUGUCCGGACGAUGCAGUGUUAACUGUGCCUUUUCCCUUCAGCUGAGCCACUUUGAGCUCCAAAGAAUUAUUCCUAGCAGGUGUUUUUAUACAAAACUCUAAGGUGAGGGCGGGGGGGCCCCCCCGGGUGUGGUCAAUGCCUUUUUCUACCCUCCCACCUGCUCCUCUGAUUGGCCAUGAGCUCUGCCUUCCCGCCCCUGCUGGAGUUGAACUUGGGAUGGUCCACCUCCCCCCCAGGAAGGCGCUGCCUGCCUUCACCUUUCCAGGCCUGGGUGGGGACUUCCCGAGGGCAUGUCAUUUACUGAAGGGGAGAGAAGGCUAGAAGGAGGGAGGGAAGGACAAAUUUUUCUUUUCUUUUUGGAUCGAGUGGCAAAGCAGAGGGAGAAGGCACUGUGGGGGAAGGUGGAGCCUCACUGUGUUUAAACUACUAUGCAAAAAAAAAAAAAACAAAAAAACAAAAAAAAGCAGCUUGCCUUAUACCAUUGUGGGAGGCGGGCCCUCUCCCAACUAGCUCCUUGGUUUUCCCCUGGAGCUGGGAAGGAGGCGGAAGCUAGGGUGAUCUCUCUCCCUCUCUCUCUCUCUCUCUCUCUCUCUCUCUCUCUCUCUCUCUCGCAGCCUCUGCGGGUGAGCACUGACUUGGGAGGGGGUUUGGUCAAGGUUGGUAGCGAGGUGGGGGUCCCGAGGACCUCAGCCACCUGACUGCUUGCUUUCUAGGAACUUCCGUGGGUUGGGGAGGCGGGUGGGGA